AUGGUUGGACCUUCGCGGCCUCAGAUCGUUUUGUUUGGAUCCUCCAUCGUCCAGAUGAGCUUCGGCCAUGGAGGUUGGGGCGCCAUUCUCUCCGAGGUCUACGCUCGUAAGGCCGACAUUAUUCUAAGAGGAUAUUAUGGAUGGAACUCAAGUCGUGCUUUGGAGGUUGUGGAGAAAGUGUUCCCCAAGGAUGCUGCGGUACAACCUUCUCUGGUAGUUGUUUACUUUGGAGGAAACGACUCUAUGGCGCCUCAUUCUUCUGCUCUAGGACCUCACGUGCCAUUAACUGAGUACGUUGAAAACAUGAAGAAGAUCGCUCGUCAUCUUCAGAGCCUUUCAGAGUCAACCCGUAUCAUAUUUCUUAGUUGCCCUCCAGUGGACGAGGCCAAAGUUCGUCAGAACCAAAGCCCAUACUUGAGCGAGGUGAUUCGAACAAACGAGCUCUGCAAGUCUUAUUCAGACGCUUGUGUUGAGCUGUGCCAAGAGCUCGGCUUACAAGUCGUUGAUCUCUUCUCUGCUCUUCAGAAAGCUGAUGACUGGGAAACCGUUUGCUUCACAGAUGGGAUUCAUUUGUCAGCACAAGGAAGCAAACUGGUGGCGGCUGAGAUACUGAGAGUGGUUAAAGAAGCUGAGUGGAAACCGUCGCUACACUGGAAAUCGAUGCCAACCGAAUUCGCAGAGGACUCUCCUUUUGAUCUCGUUUCAGCUGAUGGCAAAACGACGGUAAACUCUGCCGAAUGGACUUAUUUCUGGGAAGAACAAUGGGAGUGA